AUGUCUGUUUUUAAUCUAGAAAUUUACUUAUCUAAUGUUUCCGGCGUUGUAUCAGUUGAGGUUCUGUCUUUCCCUUUUCUUGCCACACAAUCCAUUUCCUACAGAGAAACAUUGGUAUUGCCAUUGGCUUAUCAGUUGCGGGGGUUUGUGGUCCUCAUCAUCUUGUUCAUCUGCUGCUGCUGCUGCUGCCCCUGCUGCUGUAUCUAUCGAAUGUGCAGAAAACCCAGACCUGUGGUACAAACACAUGUAACUACAGUCAUGAAUACACAAUGCAUUCAGCAGCAGCCUGUAAUGCAGGGAGUCCAGUAUCCACAAUACCAACCAAUGCCGACUCAACCAGGUUACGGGGGUCAUCCUAUGCAGACAGGACCAUAUCAGGGACAGUCAUAUGCAUCAGGACCCCCACCCCCGUAUCAUGUGACCACGAGUCCUGGAUAUCCCACUAUUCAGGGCGCAUAUGACGGAGGUCAGGCCAUGUAUCCCAUGCAGCCACCUGCCCAGCCGGCUAAGCUUUCAUAGACGUCGAAUCAGCCGACCUACAGCCCCCUACUUGCAGCCACCAAAAC